CGCAUGGACAGAUCUCUCUCUCCGCUUGCUCAGGAACUUUGCUUGUAGCAGCUUUAUCGUCCGUCACCAUGGGAAAGGAGAAGACCCACAUUAACAUCGUGGUUAUCGGCCAUGUCGAUUCCGGUAAAUCCACCACCACCGGGCAUCUCAUCUACAAAUGCGGAGGCAUCGACAAGCGAACCAUCGAGAAGUUUGAGAAGGAAGCCGCGGAGAUGGGGAAAGGUUCCUUCAAGUACGCCUGGGUGCUGGACAAACUGAAGGCUGAGCGGGAACGUGGUAUUACUAUUGAUAUCUCCCUGUGGAAGUUCGAGACCGGCAAAUUCUACAUCACCAUCAUCGAUGCUCCCGGUCACAGGGAUUUCAUUAAGAACAUGAUCACCGGCACCUCCCAGGCUGACUGUGCAGUUCUUAUUGUCGCUGCUGGUGUGGGAGAGUUUGAGGCUGGUAUCUCAAAGAAUGGUCAAACCAGAGAGCAUGCCCUUCUUGCAUUCACACUAGGAGUUAAACAACUAAUUAUUGGUGUCAACAAAAUGGAUUCCACAGAGCCACCUUACAGCCAGAAAAGGUUUGAAGAAAUCACCAAAGAAGUUAGCUCAUACAUCAAGAAAAUUGGCUACAACCCAGCUACAGUAGCAUUUGUGCCUAUCUCUGGAUGGCAUGGUGACAACAUGUUGGAGGCUAGCAGUAAGAUGUCAUGGUUCAAAGGAUGGAAGAUUGACAGGAAAGAGGGAAGUGCCAGUGGUGUUACACUGCUUGAAGCUCUAGAUUCCAUCCUCCCUCCCAGCCGACCCACAAACAAACCACUGCGCCUUCCUCUGCAAGAUGUGUACAAAAUUGGAGGCAUAGGCACAGUACCAGUUGGAAGAGUGGAAACUGGUGUCUUGAAGCCAGGCAUGGUUGUGACAUUUGCACCUGGAAACUUGAGUACAGAAGUAAAGUCUGUUGAAAUGCAUCAUGAGGCUUUAACAGAAGCUUUACCUGGUGACAACGUAGGAUUUAACGUCAAGAAUAUUUCUGUUAAAGAUGUCAGGAGAGGCAAUGUAGCUGGUGACAGCAAGAAUGACCCUCCAAUGGAGACUGGAGUUUUCACUGCUCAGGUUAUCAUUCUCAAUCACCCUGGAACAAUCAAUGCUGGCUAUGCCCCAGUCUUGGAUUGUCACACAGCUCAUAUAGCCUGCAAGUUUGCAGAGCUGAAGGAAAAGAUUGACCGUAGAUCAGGAAAGGCUCUUGAGAAUAACCCCAAAAGUCUGAAGUCUGGAGAUGCUGCCAUUGUCGACAUGAUUCCUGGAAAACCAAUGUGUGUGGAAUCAUUCCACGAAUACCCUCCACUUGGUCGAUUUGCUGUUCGUGACAUGAGGCAGACAGUGGCUGUUGGUGUCGUUAAAGCUGUAGAGAAGAAGGCGGCAGCUGCAGGAAAAGUGACAAAAUCUGCCCUAAAAGCAGCCAAGAAGUGAUCUUUUUCAAUAGAAAAACAAAUUCUAAGUUAUUCUGUGCUGUAAAAAGGUUAAAUAAACGAGCAACAUUGUA